AUAAUUUGAUUUGGUUCGUGCACUUUUCGCUGUGCGAAAAUCGUUCGAGAUAAAUGUUCCGAACUGUGCUAAAUAUUGUAGAGAAUUCCACAAUUUGGUCCUUCUAAAAGUCAGAAAUGAAUCCUGUACAGCAUCUUGAUAGUUUCUUUCAAUGAAAUAUGCGAAUCCGAAAUGAGAUAAUCUACGUCAAAAAUCGUUGAAAAUUUUAGUAGUGAAAAGGGGGAUAGUUUCGCAAUUCACACAAUCGAUCAACUAUCAAUUCGAAUUCGAAAGUGUAAAGAAAUCGUGUCAGUUUUAUUCGUAUUCACGACAUCCAGUUAUGUCUCUGACAUUACACACCCGUACUUUUUUCCUAUUCACGUCAUCCAGUUAUGUUUUUAACAUUAACCAUCAACUUUAUUUCGUUCAUUUGUCUUUUUUGGAUCUUUUAGAAGCCAUUUGUAUUAAAAAUUAGAAUGGAUCCUAUAUACAAUUAUAAGUACUGCGUUUAGUAUUGAUAACUCGAGUUCUACAUAUUUGAUAUAUAUUUGUUUGUCAGGGCCGGACUUUAAAAUCCGGAAAACUUAUAAACUUUAUCACAUAUACUAAAGUAUUCAAGCAUAUCAGCUUCUCCGAGCCAAUUCAAGCUAACGAUAGACUACAAAGUGCGAUUCAAGAGAUAAAAAAACCACUAGCUCGGUUGUAUAAUACCUGUUAUCAUAUAAUAUGCGCCUGGUAAUCGCUCACACUGAUAAACCCACGCUUCUUCGUGUAUCUCUCAUUCGUUGUAGAUGUCCCCCUCCGAGAAUGACGAACAGGCCAUUCAGUCACUUCACUUACUUGUGUGAACGAUGGUGGUACAACGGAAGACGGCGAAAACCCCGACGCGACGACGACAGGACGAAGAUGCAGAUGAAGCUGAAGCGAACCUACACCGGAUCGAUUCCCAGCUGGGAAUGGUUGCCGUAGUGCUGAUGCUGUUCUGUGGAACCCUUUCCAGUUAUUUGCUGACCAAUUUGCCGGCCGCGCUGACGCGUGCCGAUUUGGAAAACCAUCCGGGAGCUUUCAUUGCCGAACGGGCGUGGGAAAAUCUAAAAAAGUUGAACGAAUUUGGUCCGAAACCGACCGGAAGCGAGGCCAGUGAAAAACUUACGGUGGAUUAUUUGAAACGGGAGAUUGAACUGAUCAAGGCCAGCAGUCACGACGGCAGUCAACGGUUGCUGAUCGAGCAUCAGAUCGUAAGCGGCGGAUACGCGGUGGCAUUCCUGGACAAUCCACUAACCAACUUGUAUCGGAACGUCCAGAAUCUGGUUGUGAUGUUGGUGGGGGAAGAGCAUAACGUCACCGGUGGUUCGGCUUUGAUGUUGAACUGUCAUUUCGAUACGGUCGCCAGCAGUCCCGGAGCCAGUGACGAUGGAGCGAGCUGCAGUGUGAUGCUGGAAAUUAUGAGAGUGAUGUCGCGGCAGCACAAACCGAAUCGUCAUUCGAUUAUAUUCCUAUUCAAUGGGGCAGAGGAAACACCGUUGCAAGCCGCUCACGGAUUUAUCACCCAGCAUCCGUGGGCCAAACAUGUGGCGGCUUUUCUCAACCUGGAAUCGGCGGGAUCCGGUGGAAAGGAGAUACUGUUUCAGAGUGGACCGCACCAUCCGUGGAUGAUCGAUCUGUACGCUCGGGCUGUUCGAUAUCCGUUUGCACAUGCUUCCGGUGAGGAAUUGUUCCACUCCGGACUGAUUCCAUCCGAUACGGACUUUCGAAUCUUUCGCGAUUUUGGACACGUACCCGGGAUGGAUUUUUCGCACAUGAUUGAAGGCUACCGCUAUCACACCAAGUACGAUAACAUUGACUAUCUGUCGUUGCCGGUUCUACAGCGAACCGGGGACAACAUCCUUUCGUUGGCUCGUGAAAUGGUGAACAGUGAUGAACUGGCGAGAAGCCGCGACAAACAAUCGAACAGAGGUUAUUCGGUGUUCUAUGAUUUCCUAGGACUGUUCUUCGUUAGUUAUUCGACCGACACAGCCGUGAUCGUGAACACGUUGGUUUCCGUACUGGCAGUGCUGGUACCCUACAUUGGACUCAGCCGUUCCGUACGAAAUCUUGGAGAAGCUGCUAUUCGUAAACAAAUCGUGUACGGAUUUUUAGCCACUUUCGGUGGAACGGUCGUAGCCUGGGUGGUUUGUCUUGCCGUGGGACGACAACUGGAUGCUAUCGGACGAGCUAUGACGUGGUAUUCUACGCCUUACCUCAUCCUCGGACUGUACUGCUGUCCGGCUUUAUUGUCACACUGCUUUGUACAGAUGGCAGUUAACAGAUUUCUCAUUGAUAAAAAGACGGUGCUUAAUUUAUCGCAGCUCGUCCAAUCCCGGCUCAUCGGAGUCAGUGUGUUUUGGUCGUUGGUGACGGUUCCGUUGACAUUCGUUGGGAUUCGCAGUGUCUACAUUUUCAUGGUGGUACAGUUGACAUCGCUCGUAUCGUCACUGGUUACGAUCGGACUUGGCUACCAGAAAACCGUUCGAAACUGGCUUCUGGUACAUGUCGGAUUCCAGCUGAUCACGAUGCUCUGGGCCACGCAGUUCUACCAUACUUACAUGAAGUUGUUCGUUCCGAUAUCCGGUCGCAUAGGUGGUGCCAAAAAUCCCGAAUAUUUAAUCGGUUCGAUUGCCGCUUUUUGUAUGCUUUUGUGUAGUAGCUACAUGUUACCGUUGGUGGCGCUACUGAGGAAAGCUUCCGAACUGACUGCUCGGUUGACGGUGUUCCUACUGAUUGCCGUUCUGUUGGCUUGCUUCACGCAGGUUGGAUUUCCGUACCGGGACGACAGCGCCAACGCCCCCGCCGUUCAGCGACACUACGUAACGCACGUUCUUCGAUUAUACCACGACGAACUGGGAUCGCUGAAGGGCCAAGAUUCUGGAUUCCUGUUCCGUGAAAUGGAUCGCAACUCACAUCGUCUGAUCCGGAAUGUAGCAAGUCCAGAACCGAUUGUAGCCAUGCGUGAUAUGAGCACCUGUCAGACGGAAAUAUUUUGCGCCGUUCCGUUCUAUUCCAUGUGGCAUCAGAUUCGAUUUGACAAUUAUUGGAUCUCUGGACCGGAGCCUUCCGCCGAUGGUGUCGUUACCCUAGCAUACCAAGGUAGACAGCGGAUCACUGAUCGCAUCGAACGGUUAAGUUUCACCAUGGAAGGAAGCAUCCAAUCGUCACUCAUAAUUGGACCAAAACCGGGAGUGAAAUUAGUCAGCUGGAGUUUGUUGGAAAACGUAACGCCACCAACUCGGUUCAACAAUCAAGACGGACAUUUUGUACUGAUCACUCACGGACUACCGGGCGUACCUUGGAAUGUGACGAUGGAUUUUGAGCAUCCGGACGACCACGAGUACGAUGGUUUGCUGGUUGAUAUUUCUGUUAUCACAACGUUCUGGGAGUUUCACCGGAACCAUACCGACGAGUUCACGAAACUGAUCAACAAAUUUCCCACAUGGGCUCAUGUCAUACCCUCAGUUGCGGUGAUGAACAUUCAUGUGUAUUGAAUAAACAUUUG